UGCAUAAGGUGUACGACAUACGCAUAUCCAUCUCACUUACCCUUCGACCAAACCAGAAUCGUCUUCAUUUGGAAAUCCUUGUGUUCGCGCGAGAAAACGUUAUCGUGAUGCCUGGGAAAGUGAGAUGCGGCGAGGGAUGGAAGAUGCACCUCACGGGAUUGAUGGUGCCAAAAGGAAAGAAAAAAUUCAAAACAAAACGUCGAGGUGCGUGUGCGCGCAUGAGACGAAGAAGUCGAGGAAUUGAUGGAACAUUAGAGACACGGUGUGAGGGAAAUAGAGAAAUGAGCGACCCGAUCCAUGAUAAUUCUGGAACUUCCAAAUUCGGAGAUGAUUUCGGAUGUCAACAUGAUGUUCGCCGCAAGUUAAACCCACAACGCAAUCGACGAAAUUCACUUGACCAAAUCUGCGGAAUGUGUCAAUCUAUCUCUCCUGUGCGAAUCACGUGCCCUAUUUCUAGAUCAAGAUGCUUUCUGCACGUCGUGUCACUAUCAUGUUACGACACUAGCCGUUUACGCUUGAUUGGAAUAAAUCGGGAUACGCUAGUGCACAGUAGCACUAGCGCUAUAGGACCGUCGAAAACAGAAAUAGGAAAAUGUAAGUCAAGAGUGAAUCAGGAAUCGCAUCAAGUUUUUAAUAACGUCAACACAUAA